UUAGUGGUAGCUAUAAGAGAAACUGCAGUUUGUGUACUGUCUAUUGUUUUUGUCUGUUUUCAAUUUCAUUUGCUCAGCAUGUUAAAAGUUGUUUCCUGUGAUACCAACAAAUGAAAGGCUGCUCACUUUGGUCUAAUUUGCUGUUCAGUCUCAUGGACAGCUUUAAAAGGAUGUCACUCUCAAAAAUAAAAAAAUCUGUUUAAUUUAUCAAUUAUAUGUUUAAUUCAUUUAUUAGGUGAUGACCUCUGUGUCAUUCCAAACCCAUAUGACUUUUUUUUUCUUUUUGUGCAAUGCAAAAGGAGAUGAGUGCUGUUCUUUUGCAACAUUUAAUCUAAUCUCAAUCUGACAUAGACUUCAACUUGUUUAAUUUCUUCAUUAAAUUUUCUGUUGCUGUUAAAAUGAGCUGUAUUGGUUGUAAUGGGCAGAUGUUAUACUGCAGUUUCCGGUGAGACACUGUGACUCCACCACAACUGAAACAACAGGUCACUCUUAUCUGGGCUGCUGUUUAGUCUCAUGAAAAACUACUAGAGGUAAACUAUUACAUUUAUUUUGAAUUAGAAAUUAUUUAAUUGUAAAUUGGUAUAACUGUCAAGACAGACAGCAAAUGAUUAUAUUAUAUAUAAUGUUUAAUUAUGAUUAUCGUGUACAUUUAAACUUGAUUUCUAAAAACACAGCUCGCCUCAGAUGACUCUCAGAAUGUUUGUUGCAGAUCUUCUUGUAUUCAGCUCUAUUCUAUCAGCUGCUUGGUGUCAGUCAGUUCUGAAAGUAUCGGUCCCCAAAACCCUGAUCAGCACCAGCGGCUCUUGCCUUCUGAUUCCCUGCCUAUUCAACAUUUCAAAGGAGAAAGAAAACAUUCCUGACAGUUCACCAGUAGUAACAUGGAGACGAGGAUCUCUGUGGAAACUCUAUGAUACAGAUGAUUUCACCAACACUCACCAUCAGAUGGAACCUGUGAUGGAAGUGGUGGGUGACCUAGGAAAGAAGAACUGCACUUCUGUCAUGAGAAACCUCAGCAGCAAGCAUUCAGAUCGUUACUACUUCAGGAUUGAAACUAAGACCUUCACUAUGAUUGACACAAAAGCUGUGUAUAUAAAUGUGUCAGAUUCCUUGGCUGAGCCGGAUGUAACUGUGCCGGUGCUCAGGGAGGGUGAGAAGGUGAAUCUGACCUGCACUGCUCCAGCUCCCUGCCCCAGUCACCCUCCAAAUGUAAUCUGGGCUCCUGCAUUAGGUGGUGACGUAACACAGAGGACACAGAUGAACGCUGAUGGGACUCAGAGUGUUUCUGCCAUCUUGAAUUUUAUGCCGUCGUUCCAGCAUCAUGAGCUGAAAGUGAACUGUGUUUCCAUUCAUCCUCUACACAGAGAGGACAAGCCCCUGCUCAGCCACAAGAGCGUCAUCCUCAGUGUGGAGUAUCCUCCUAAGAAAACACGGAUCUCUCUCUCAGGCUUGGUCUGGCUUGGUAAUAAUGUGACCCUCACCUGUCAAAGUAAUGCCAACCCUCCUGCGGUCCACAGGUGGUUCCUGAAGAGAGCAGGUGUAGAGGAAGAACUGAGCAUCUCACGUGUGCUUUCCUUCACUGCGGCCCAAGAUAACACUGGGGAAUACAUUUGUGAGGCACAGAAUCAAUACGGUGCAAUGAACUCCACAAACCUGCAGAUCACUGUCCCAGGCAUAUCCUUCACUGCUUUCCUCUCACUUUUGGCAGUUUUAUUAUUGCUUGUAUUUCCACUUCUUGUACUUCUUAUUCUUGUGAUUUACAGAAGGUAUAAAGAACCAAUCAGAAGUGAAACAAGGCAAGAUCAGGACAUUUAUGCCAAUGUUUCUGCAAGUGCAGUGGAAAGCCAGCAGCUUCAGUUAAAGCCUGAUUCCUUGGCUGAGCCGGAUGUAACUGUGCCGGUGCUCAGGGAGGGUGAGAAGGUGAAUCUGACCUGCACUGCUCCAGCUCCCUGCCCCAGUCACCCUCCAAAUGUAAUCUGGGCUCCUGCAUUAGGUGGUGAUGUAACACAGAGGACACGGAUGAACGCUGAUGGGACUCAGAGUGUUUCUGCCAUCUUGAAUUUUAUCCCGUCGUUCCAGCAUCAUGAGCUGAAAGUGAACUGUGUUUCCAUUCAUCCUCUACACAGAGAGGACAAGGCCCCUGCUCAGCCACAAGAGCGCCAUCCUCAGUGUGGAGUGUGA